AUUUAGUCUCGUGUUCUCGCGAUAAAACUGUUAAGAUGUGGGAAGUGAUGACCGGUUACUGUAUUAAGACUUUUUCCGGACACAGAGAUUGGGUGAAAAUGGUUCGCGUCCACAAAGACGGCGCUCUUAUGGCCACCUGUUCUAAAGAUCAUACGAUAAUUGUUUGGACGCUCAGUAAUAAUGAACACAUUGUGUCUAACGGAGACAUUAAAGCGACGCUUAAAGAUCACGACCAUUGCGUUGAGUGCAUCGCGUGGGCGCCCGACUCGGCCUCCAAUUCCUUAAACGAAGCGAUAGAAGAUGUAAUGUCCAUUUGUCCGGUCGUUCAGCGCAAUAAUCAACGAAAUAAUAAACUUUUUGGUCCAUUUCUGGCCAGCGGUUCGCGCGAUAAAACAAUUAAAGUAUGGGACGUGAGUGUCGGCGUUUGUCUGUUUACGCUUAUAGGGCACGACAAUUGGGUUCGGGCGUUGUGUUGGCAUCCGGGGGGCAAGUUUAUAGUCAGCUGUUCCGACGACCGAACCAUUAGGGUUUGGGAUAUAUUGAAUAAAAGACUGAACAAAACAUUAGAGAGCGCUCACUCCCACUUCUGUACCUCAUUAGACUUUCAUCCGACCUCUCCUUAUGUAGUGAGCGGUUCUGUUGACCAUACGAUCAAA